AUGUCUCAGCCCAUGAACUUCUCGAUCCCUGCCGACCUCAAGCAAUACCUCGCCGACCUCGACGCCUUCAUCGAGGAUACCAUACUGCCCCUGCAACACAAGGACGACAACAACCGCUUCUUCGACCACCGCCGCGAACACUCGCGCACCGACUGGAACGCCGGCGGCCUUCCGCACAAAGACUGGGAAGAUCUGCUGUCUGAGUCGCGCAGCCUCGCUGAUGAAGCGGGCUUCUACCGACUGUCCCUACCCAAGAAGUACGGCGGGCAGAACGGCGAGGAUGGACGAGGAAGUAAUCUGUGGAUGGCGGUGAUACGGGAACACUUGGCUGCCAAGGGACUGGGGCUGUUCAACGACCUGCAGAACGAGCACAGUAUGGUGGGCAACUUCCCGGACGUCAUCAUGCUGAUGAACUUUGGGAGCGAGCAGCAGAAGGAAGAACUGAUUCCGGCGCGAUUGAGGGGCGAGUUUAGGAUGACGUUUGGGUUAACGGAACCGGGGCAUGGAAGUGAUGCGACGCACAUGGAGACCAAGGGACGGUCGGAGAAGAGAAACGGUGUUGAUGGAUGGCUGCUGAACGGGCAUAAAAAGUGGCAGACGAGGAUGCAUCACGCAACGCAUUGCUCAAUAUUCGCGAGGACAGCGGGGAGAGAUGGUGAGAUCAAGGGAAUAAGCUGUUUCAUCGUACCCAGAGAUGCCCCAGGGUUGAGGGCUGAGUCGUAUGAGUGGACGCUCAACAUGCCGACCGACCAUGCUACAGUCUCCAUCACAGAUGUCUGGGUCCCCGAAAGCGCAGCCCUAGGACCCAUUCAUAACGGCCUCGGCGUUGCACAAGCGUUUGUGCACGAGAACCGCAUCCGUCAGGCCGCGUCCUCCCUCGGCGCAGCCGUAUACUGUGUUCAGCAAUCCGUCGAGUACGCGAACAAGCGCGCACCCUUCGGCACUCCCCUCUCGCACAACCAGGGCAUCCAAUUUCCACUCGUAGAACUCGCAACACAAUGCGAAAUGCUGCGGCAGCUCAUUCGCAAGACAGCACUGGAGAUGGACUCGAUGCCGCACAAUGAGAUCGAGGGGAGCAUUGGCGACAAGGUGUCCAUGUGCAACUACUGGGCGAACAGACUCUGCACACAGGCGGCUGAUCGGGCCAUCCAGGUCCAUGGCGGGAACGGGUAUUCGAGACACUACCCGUUCGAGCACAUUUGGCGGCACCACCGACGUUACAGGAUUACUGAGGGCAGUGAGGAGAUACAGAUGCGCAAGAUCGCCGCCUAUCUUUUCGGCUUCGGCGGAAGGAAAAGUCUGGUGGAUGCUACCAAGCAGGACUCGAAGCUGUAA